AUGAGCGCGUUUAUAACCGCAAUUUGCAACGGGAAUUUUGUCAUGGACGACGUUAUCAACGCCGAUCUACUCUUCUUGUACGACAAUGAGUUGGAGGAAGGACUGGUCAGAGAAAAAGAGAAGAAGUACUUCGAAAUGAUCGUCAAUUUCAAUCAAUGGAAACCAAACAGCACGUCUCAACAUCCGGUUCUGUCGGAAGAUCUUCUCCGAAUUCCGGUGUCGUUGGAUAUUACUCAUAUCAGGAGUUUCGCUUAUCAUGUCUACAUCCAGACAAUGGCAAGAGUAAACAAUGAUAACACGAGUUUCAACACAAAUGUCAUGAAUGAAAUCGACCAAGAUAUAAUCAAAGCCUACAAAGUUUUCCAAAACGAAAAAUUGGUUUGGACUCUGGGAGACUGCCAGGCGUUUCUGAAGACUCGGAUGGAAUAUCAUAAGAGCCUCCCGACGGAUGCGGUGUCUGAAAAAAACAUCAAGUUUUUCGAGUUUCUCCUACAUGUGACAUCUGGUGUGCUCAAUUUUGAUGUUUUCUGGUUUUACCAUGUCCCUCCAGGGUCAGGAUCUCUUGAUGAUGCAAUCCUUGAUGAGAUGUUCAUCCAACAUCUGUUCCAUCAGUUUGCCUAA